AUGGCUGCCGUUUCUGUGUCGGCUGAGACUACGCGAAACUUAGCAGUGGCCUAUCCAAUUGAAUUUCUGUUUGACCUCGACAUGGUUCUGUCCGGCGCCGACGACUUCGGUUGCUGUCAGAUCAGCGCUUCGGAUUCCCUUGUGGCGGAUUUGCCGACGGUGGUGGCCGAUGUUUGUGCCGUUUGUUUGGAGGAUUUCCGGCCAGAUGAGGACGGAAAACAAAUCCCCUGCGGACACGUGUACCACGAAUCUUGUAUUUCCUCUUGGCUCGCCGUCGCCAACUGUUGCCCUCUCUGUCGGUGCCUCAUCGCCGGUCAACCGCCGGAAUCGCCUUCUUCAACUUUGAUCCGACGGUAG